UGUGCGCCCCGCCCCUCCUUCUCCUCCUCCCGUGACUGACUACCAGCAUCACUGGCAGCACCGCGAUGCUGUCAUAAAGAAUAAAUUCCCGUUUGACGAUCCUGAUAGGGGGCUGUCGUAUUUUCUGAAUGAGUAAUUGCGGCAGGCGGCAUUUAUUCGUAAGUGUAAGCUUGUUAUGCGUUCCUGAACGCGACCCAUUUUGGAGACAAAUAGAAGCUGCUUGUUAAAGGCUGUUGCUUUUUUUCUUUUGGGCUGUGAAAGAUACCCAUGCAUCAUAUGCCGUAGACUGUAGCUGGUGGAUGUGAAUACAUUUCUUUCUCAGUCGGAAUUUUCCAAGGACACCAAAUUGCGGCAGCGAUGAGCACGUCUGCCGGCUAGACGGAGCAUGUCACAGAGGGGCUGUUUCUCUCAGAGCUGGUCAUUUAGUUUUUAGAGUUAUCCGUCAUUUCCAGGGUUCAAGCUCAUCAUUUGAUUCACUGCCUGGUUUUUGGGAUGCCACGUCAUGAGGUGAUCGCCUCUGACAGAUGUGUUACAGCUGCACAGGCAUAGGCUAGAUUCCCCGAUUCCGCUUGUUGAUGUGAUACAUGUUCAAUCCUCGCUUUGGGUACGAGCGGAUCGCAUCAUUCAUUUAAUCUUCGGGAUUGCAUAAGAUGAUACCUGGAUCUGCCGCAUCAAUGCUACCAUCUGCAGAAGCUGCGAAAUUGUACCAGACCAAUUACGUCCGCAAUUCCCGUGUUAUCGGACUUCUGUGGGCCAUUUUCACUAUCCUGUUCGGUAUUGUUAACGUGACCAUCUUCUCGCAGCCCUAUUGGAUUGGGGAUGGCAUGGACACGCCGAAGGCCGGCUACUUCGGCCUUUUUCACUAUUGCAUCGGGGACGGACACUCCAGGAACCUGGCCUGCCAGGGCAGCUUCACUGAGUUCUCCGCCAUCCCCUCCGGUGCGUUCAAGGCCGCCUCCUUUUUCAUUGGGAUGUCCAUGAUGCUUGUGGUCACCUGCAUCGGCUGCUUCAGUCUCUUCUUCCUCCUCAGCACCUCCACCGUGUAUAAGAUCUGUGGCUGGAUGCAAGCAGCAUCAGGCGUUUGUCUGGUGCUGGGUUGUAUGAUCUACCCUGAUGGUUGGGAUAGCGACGAGGUCCGGCAGAUGUGUGGACAGCAAACAGACAAAUACAGCCUGGGGGCCUGCUCGGUGCGCUGGGCUUACAUUUUGGCAAUCAUGGGGAUCCUGGACGCUCUCAUCCUCUCCUUCCUGGCCUUCGUCCUGGGGAACCGGCAGGAUGGACUCAUGACAGAGGAGCUGCUGGCUGAAAGCAAGGAGGGAGGGAAUGCCUAACCAAAUCUUUAGAUUCUUUAAUUUAGAUGUGUUCACUUUCAUGAAGAACCAGUCCCUCAAAAUCAAGUUACUGGAGGAGGCCAGUCUGGGUGUGGGGGAGGAAGAGUGAUAUUAUUGAACCAGUCAGCCUGCCUUCCACAUCAACCUGCCAAAAACCCAAUAUAACCUACCUUUGAAGCCUGCCCAUCCACCUCACAGUCUCUACAUCAUCAUCAUCAGCACUUAUACAGAGCCCAGUAUCCAAAUGUGACACUGGCUUCACAGAACUAUCCCUCGCACAGCAUUGCGUAGACCACGGCAGGGGCAGAGACUGUUGUUAUGUUGAGAAGGACAUUUUAUGGACACCCACUACCUAUGAAAAGACACAGGGUUGACAUUAGACACUUGCAGUGCAAGCACAGUGAAACACACACAUACACAAUCAUUAACACAACUGUACACAAACAGCUCCUUCAUAUUAAAUAUUAAAUGAUGUAAUUACAAGUAUUUAACUAUGUUAACACUUAGAUGUGUGUGUCACAGUCAGAAUGCAUAUCAUGUUUUGUGAAAAGAAGAAAAAGAACUGCUUUUAGAUAAUAUCUGGUUAAUGUAAAUCUGUUGUGUUUAGGUUUGACAAAGAAAUCAAAGUUUUAGUUCAUUCUCUUGCUCAUAUGCCACUUUGUUCUCCCUACUGUACUACUAGAAAAAAAAAAAGAUAUUUAAGACUUUUAUAAAAUAUCAUCUAACAGAAACAACUUGUAUUACAGAGUAUGUACAGUGAAUAUUUAAAAUAAUUUAGGAAUUUUAACUGAAUCCCUUCAAUGAUCUGCUAGCUAACUUUGCACAAUGCUUCAUUUUGAGAGGAAACCUGAUGUUUUCUAGGUUGUGUAUCUACACUGUGAUGGUGGCUAUCAGGACUGACCGCUGCAGGAUUCUUAGCUACUGCGUGAGUGUGAUUCUGUAUGAGUGUGUUUGAGUGAGAGCAUGCAUACAGUAAACGUUGGUGUGAGCGCGAUUUGUGUCAUAGUUUGCUGGGUUAGUGAAGCAACAUGCCAGCCUCACACUCAAUUGUCCUGUUGUGUAGCUAAAGCUGUGUCUCUGUGUCUGCUGUCGGAUCUUUCUGUUUCUCUCUCUUUGAUUAUAUUCCUGUCUAUGUUUAGUUGGGACACACAGGGUAACAUAGAGGAGUGGGAGCAUGAUGCGGAGUGACUACUGAACUCUACUAAUGAUGAGCUAGGCCUGUCCCAGCCUCACUUGUGGAUAUUUUCCCUGUUUAAAAAGAGAUAUGUUGUAGAUAUUAAUAAUAAUAUGGGGAAAGGGGUUAACUUAGAGCAAUUAAAGAGGUUCCUUUAAGAAUAUGUGAACACUUAAUAAAGCUUUUCACU